AAAAAGCCCGCAGCGAAAGGAGGCAAAAAAAAGAAGCAGGUGUUGAAGUUCACGCUGGACUGCACCCACCCGGUGGAGGACGGCAUCAUGGACGCCGCCAACUUUGAGCAGUUCCUGCAGGAAAGGAUCAAGGUGAACGGCAAAGCGGGGAACCUGGGCGGGGGUGUGGUGACCAUCGAGAGGAGCAAGAGCAAGAUCACGGUCACGUCCGAGGUCCCGUUUUCAAAGAGGUGA